UGCAUUCCUGGCAAUUUCUGCACCUGUCUUGGAUAGGGCGGGUUCAUUCGGCGAAAAUGACCGUCCUGCCGAAAUUGUUAUAUUAUUUUCGUACUCUCCCGGUGCGGGUUCCCCCUCAUUUCCUUCGGUUGCUUCAGGCGAAGUUUAUGCGUUUCAUCUGGGCCAAUAAGCACCCCAGAGUAUCUAGAAAUACGCUCUUUGCUCAUAGACUCCAGGGUGGCCUUGGGGUGCCCAAUGUAACUAAGUAUUACCAGGCGAGCCAGAUUGUCCCGCUGUCUAUGUUGCACGCUUCCUCUGAUGUCCCUCUCUGGGUCUUGCUGGAGCUACCUAACUGUGCCCCUAUCCAACCGUCGGCACUUCUAUGGCUUCCCCCUGCCCUGCGCCCUAUAUCGCUGAGCCCGAUGUUGCUCCAUGGCUUACGAGUCUGGGACUCGGUACGUUAUUCCAGUGGCCUGAUGUCACCCUUUCUGCCUUUGCUUCCAAUUGUUAACAACCCUCUUUUCCCACCGGGUUUAGAUCACCCAAGGGCGUUCUCUUGGUGGGUGGCUCAUGGGUUUUCGCAGGUACGACACUUUUUUUUGGUUUCUCGGUCCUUCCCUACCUGGGAUCUUCUUCGGGAGUCCCGGGAUGUUCCCCCGGCGGAAUUUUUUUGAUACCUUCAAUUGCGACACUGGCUACUCUCGCUGCGGGGCACUUCUUCAUUUCCAUACCAGAAAUCGGCCUUUGAACAGCUUUGCCAGCAGCGCCCGGGCGCCCCGGGCCUUAUCUCCCUUCUUUAUGCAGCCUUGAACAGACGCCCGUCGCAUACUUCUCUUUCAUAUGUUGUUUCAGUGGGAGCGUGACCUGGGGGUGGAUGUGGAUCCGGAGGACUGGAAUAGGGCCUGGUCACUCAUAGCUAAAUGCUCAUUCAAUACCACCACGCUGGAGGCAGCCUAUAAGGUAUUGUUUCGUUGGUAUUGGGUUUCCGGCUCGUUUGGCCCAGGCUAAUCCCGCUUGUAGGGAUCGAUGUUUCCGGGGUUGUGGCCAUCGUGGCGAUGUCUUGCAUAUCUGGUGGUCAUGCCCGAGACUGGUCCGUUUUUGGUCUCGUGUAUUUGGCCUCCUUUUCACGUUGUUUCAUCUAUCCAUACGCCGGGAUGCUCGGUAUGCCUUGCUUCAUUGCCCCAUACCGGGUC